UCUCUGCUGAUUCCUCCAUGAGAGUACAACAGCAGCAAAGAUGCUGCUCCAACCUGUACUAUUUAUCCACACUGUGAAAAGCCUCUAUUGGGAAGUUCACUGCACCCAUGGGAAUGGCCUAAUUAAGAGUGAGUGCAAACUUACACAUACAGUUGUUGUACUUGUGUCCUUGUGACAUACCUCCACUGACAUCCAUGCCUGUGCCAUUAACUCUAACCUUAAACAUCUGUACUACAUGCCCAACGUGCAAUGCUUACCCCAAUCUAAACACUAAAUUAUAUUGUCACAGACACGCCAGGCUCCACUACACCACACACACACCGCACUCCCUCACCCGAGUACUAAUUCCAGUCACCUGUCACCAAUCACACACCUGCACCUAAUCAUCACUCCACUUCCCUAUAAAACAUCAUCCCUCACCUCAGUCAGUGUCCGGUCUCGUUAGGAAUAAAGACAGAAUUUCUACCUCCACAACGCCAUGGACUCACCCACGUGUCUACAAGACGUCUCCUUGUCUCCAGAACUCCAGUCUCAGUCCCGAACAUCGCCAGACUUCAGUUUGUAUCACUCCAGGUCCCGGUCCCGUGCAUCACCUCUCUCCAGCGUGUGUCUACUGAACCCCAGAACUAAUCUCUGACUAGCUAAAGGACGAAGACCGGACCUAACAACAGGAUUGCAGCAUGAGUGCCACGGAUCCGUUCCAGGAGUUGGUGGACAUCCUGUGCCGUGGCCUCAUCGCUCCACCAUCAACCACAUCCACCACCGCCACUUCCGCUUCCGCUCCAGUCACACCAGCAGUUCUGCCCUGUACCAGUCCCAUGGCCAAACCAGCGCCCUUCUCUGGCUCGGCGGAGGACUGCAAUGGUUUCAUCUUGCAAUGUUCCCUGGUCCUGGGGAUGCAAUCUUCAUGGAGGCAUUGGCUGGAGGGCGCCCAACAUCCCUUCACAGUAUUGACAGAUCACAAAAAUUUAGAAUAUCAAGAAGGCCAAACGACAAUCCUUGCCAGGCACGCUGGGCCCUGUCUUUCACUAGAUUCCAUUUCAAUAUCUCAUAUCGCCCCGGAACCAAGAACUCCAAAGCAGAUGCGCUAUCCCGUCUACACGCUCCUGAAGACACCACUGACAAGCAAACUGUGUCCCCUUCCGAUGCCCAACAGACCCUUCCCAUGGUCUGGAGAGCCCUCGGAGGUUCCCGCCUGUAGACUACUGGUUCAGAGAGAGCGAGAGGGUCUGGGACGUGGCUCACUGUCAACUCUGAAGAGCACUCUGCAGGCGCAGGUUGACAGUCGACCGUAGGAGAUCCACCACUCCAGAAUACCUACCCGGCCAAAAGGUCUGGCUAUCCACCUGCGACAUCAGGAUGCACCUGCCCUGCAGAAAGCUAAGUCCCAGAUUCAUUGGCCCCUUUACCAUUCUAGAACAAAUAAAUCCAGUCACGUACAAGCUCCAAUUGCCUGCACAGUAUAGGAUACACCUUACCUUUCAUGUCUCCCUACUCAAACUGUUUCAUCCUUCUGUUCCCAUCUCCAGAGCCUGGCGACCUGACAGAUCCCCCCCUUACCACUGAUCCUGGAGGACGGAGCCGCCUACCAAGUUUGAGAGAUCUUGGACUCCCGACGCCGUGGUGGCAACCUGGAAUACCUCGUGGACUGGGAAGGGUACGGUCCUGAGGAGAGGUCGUGGGUCCCCUGACAUGACAUCCUCGAUCCCUCUCUUCAAACAGAAUUCCACGCUGCCCAUCCAGAUUGGCCUGCCCCCCGAGGAAGAGGACGGCCAGCAUGAUGUCGGGGUCCCCAGUCCUCAGAAGCGGACCGUGGGGACGCCACGGACUCACCCACGUGUCUACAAGACGUCUCCUUGUCUCCAGAACUCCAGUCUCGGUCCCGAACAUCGCCAGACUUCAGUUUGUAUCACUCCAGGUCCCGGUCCCGUGCAUCACCUCUCUCCAGCGUGUGUCUACUGAACCCCAGAAUUCAUCUCUGACCAACUAAAGGACGGUAUCAUUAUCCUCUGCUCAU